UUUCCUCUAAAACCCUAACCCUUGCGCUUAUCCUCCACCAUGUCCACCCCUACAGACUGGGUUCAAUUCUACCCCAAUUCUAGCCACUUGGCACCUCCUGGCCGUGCCACGUCAUCCACCCAGUCCCCCGACGCCGCCGUCGGCACCACUUCUUCUUCCCCCCCUCCUGGGGCAGCGGCCGGCGCCGCUGCUACUCAUGGUGGUGGUGCUCACCUGACGCCGGAGGGCCGGGUGGCAAAGCCCAUCAGGCGGCGGUCCAGGGCGUCCCGGCGCACCCCGACAACCCUGCUCAACACGGACACGUCCAACUUCCGAGCCAUGGUUCAGCAGUUUACCGGCGGCCCCAGUGCGCCCUUUGCAGGAGGCAACCAGCACCACCACGGCGCUGUGCCGGGGUUCGCUUUCGGCCAGAGGGUUAACCCCAGCACUGCCGUCAUGGUGCAGCCGUCCAUGUACCAUCUACAGUAUCACCAUCAACCGCAGCAGCAGCCGCAACAGCCGCAGUAUCAGCAUCAAAACUACAUGUUUACAUUGAAUAAUACCAGCAAUACUAAUAACAAUACUGCCGUAGCUUCCGGUGGAGGAGGCGGCGCAGGUGGCGGAGAUAUGUUUUUUCAGAGGCUGAGCAGCUCAAGAGCUCCAACCAUGGAGGUUUCAAACGGAUUCAUGUUUUGAUCAGGACCUGCACCUAUGAAGGUUGUUGUUGUUCUUGAUGUUUGAGGCCCAAAUUUGGAGACUUAAUUUCCAAAUUCUAAUGGAAAAGUGAUGCUUGGUCUUUUGGUUUUGGAAAUGAUCACUUUGUUUUACAUGGGUUGCCUUUCCAUGACUUGUACCUUGUUUCUUUAUUGUAUUUAUGAAAGGAAUUAACUUUAAGAAUGAUUUA